AUUCAUUCCUGCUCUCAUAAAUCAUUCGUUUUAAUACAGUAUUUAAUUGUGUAUUUUUCUUUAAAUGAAUUUUGGGCCAUCCAUGUGAUCAAUAGGUGGCGGAAGCGGUUGGGACCUGCCGUGAAAACAAACCGAAGAAGACCGAUUUCUUAUCUCUAUGGAAACGCCAAAUAGCAGCUAGCAGUAGAUUUUUAGCAUUUAGGUUAAUCGCUUGUUCUCGGGCAUUAAAUCGUUCUUUAAUAUUUUGUGAGGAAGAGUUGGUCACUUAGCUGCCUUCCGAGGUAACGUGUGGAAGAAACGACACAACUGUCCCGCUCGCUGCUCAGGAAAAGCGACUGCUAACGAACCAUAUCGAUCACAAAGUGCUGAUGUUCAUCCGUCAUGACUGACUGGUGUAGCAGUGACACCGGCGAGGCUGUCUACCGGUCUCUUGAUGCUAUUAUAAACCUGAGAAUAAGGGUGUCGUUGGAGAGGGUGACCACCACAGCGAGUCUUUCCCAGCAACUCCAGCAACAAGUUCUUUCCCAGCACGAUGGGGGAGUCAUUGAACUAGUACCCCUCACCUCGCAAGCCCAGCCCGGUGACAACAAGGAGGACAUCAUUGUUGGCUGGCAGGAGAAGCUUUUCAGUCAGUACGAAAUGGAGUUGUUCCAAAACGAAGCUGCAUGUCAGAGCCCGCUGGACCGGCAGUACCACAAAGACGUCAUGGCCCUGACCAAGGCCAAGGGCCGCAACAACCGCAGGAUUUUCACCUACACGGAUUACGAUCGCUACACCAACUGUCAUCCGCUCCAGCAAUUGCAGGGGAGCGAUUUACUCAACACAACCAAGACAAAACCCACUUUCCUGGCCGAAAGGAUGGCCACCGUGCGACACCGAAGGCAGGACAGGAGAACCAUGGACUCCAGUUUCCCCAAGACCAAGAUCAUCAACUGGGAACCCAGCGAUGAGUUCAAGAGGAACAGUCACGAGGUGAACAACGUCAUGCAGACAAUGCACAUCAUGGGAGACCUUGGGCCUCCCGGAAGGUUGGGCCAGAAGGAGAACGAAUGUUUGCUGUUCACUGUAAAAACAGACAACAAUGGGACAAUCGUCGUCAAACCCGACUUCAACAAGGGCAAAGAGCCCUAUAGGAUAACAACUACUGGGACCAACAAAGAAAUUUGGCAUCUCACGAUCGAGAAUGUAUCAGCAACAAUGAAGUCGGAGGAGAAGGAAAGGGAGCAGCACUUAUACAAAGAUCUCUACGUGAGGCACAAGGAGUUCCCAAACAGCCUCGUCGGACAGGACUUUGAAAUGCCUCCUGCAGGUGUUCUGCGCUACCUGUUGAAUGGAGAGAUUGUCUCUGCCAAGGGCUUUGAGUAUGAUAACUUAUAUAUUCACUUCAUAAUGGAGCUCCCAAACAACUGGUCCGGCUUGCCAAUGCAGUCCCACUCUGGCGUCACGCACACAUCUCGGACCAAAUCAUUAGGCAAGGAUAAUGUGGCGUACUUCUGCUACCCUUUCACCUUUGAGGUUUUCUACAUGAGUGAAAAAGAGAACAAGGAAUCAGGUCCCCAAUGGCCGGUGUUGUAUUUUCAGGUUCUCUCACUGGACUCUUGGCAACGAUACCGAACCGAAGGCUAUGGCUACCUGCUCUUUCCCUCCAUGCCUGGUAAACACACGCUGAUAUGUCACACGUGGCGACCGCUGCAAAUGGGCACCGUUUCGGCACUAAGGCGCUUCUUCAUUGGAGGUUCCCCAGAACUGGAGGACCACACCUAUGUGAGGAUUCCAGGACAUUUCAAGGGAGAGAGGCUAAGUCGCUUUGGCUUUUGUACCCAAACCUCAGGAAGUGUGACUUUUAAUCUUCACUGCAUCCAGCAAUCCAGGGCUUUGGUGGAUUCGACCAGAUUGAGGAGAAGGAGGCAGCACAAUUUCAAUCAAGCCCAAGGAUUUCAUCAUCAUGAUACUCUCUUGAGCACCAUGGAGGCAUUUCAACGGGCCAGAAGGAAAAUGCAAGAAGUCCGAGAAAGUCUUCCCAUCGACUUCCUUGAGUCUGUCUCCCAAAUUCAAAUAUGAUCAUCUCCCAAGAGCAUUUGAAAAAUUCUAAAAACAAAGUAGGGCUGUAAUUUUGAUAGUAGAAAAUCAUAUACCUUACAUGACUAUUUCCUGUUACAUUUUUA